AUGCAUCAACAAACAACAAAUUCAAAUUCUGAUGAAUCAAACAUUGGUGUGCCAAAUCGAUUGUGCAGUGUAUGUGGUGAUGUGAGUACGGGAAUUCAUUUUGGUGGUAAUAGUUGUGAAAGCUGUAAAGCUUUCUUUCGUCGAUCAGUUCAAUGCAAUCGUCAUCAAAAUUACAAAUGUUCGAAUAACGAACAAUGUCCAGUGAAUAUUGUUACACGUAAAGUAUGUCAAUACUGUCGUUAUAUAAAAUGUACAGCAAUUGGUAUGAAACCCAAAUGGGUUUUAACGGAUCAAGAACGUGCAGAAAAAUAUGGUUCAAGACGAAAACGUUUUCGUGAUAGUCGUACAGUAGAUGAAGAUCCAGAAAUUUAUAAACAUCUAACAAAAGACGAAAAAACACUUAUUGAAGAUAUAGCACAUGCAUUAUAUCAAUCUAGAGCAACAUAUCCAUUACAAUUUCCAGCUGAAUUAAAUCAAUAUUUAACAAUAUUAGCCUCAGGAAAAGCACCACCAUCACCAGCAUCACCGGGUGAAAAACCACCGAGUCCAUCAGCUAAUUUUCUGAUUGUACCAAUUCAACGUUUUGUUUUAUUUGCACGAAUGUUGAAAGAUUUUGAUUUAUUUUCUGAAGAUGAUAAAGUGAAUUUAUUAAAAGGUGCAGCUAUUGAAGUUGUAGUUUGCUCAUCAAAUACAUUAUUUAAUCCUAAAACACAUACAUUUACAAAUUAUUUAUCACGAGAUCAACGUGCAGUUAUGGAUAAUCAAAUUAUGCCACUUGAUCCAUUACUUAAAAAAACAUGGGGUGAAGAAAUAUUUAAUCGUACAAAAACUUUUUUAAUAUCAAUGUGUAAUUUACAAGUUGAUGAAGUAACAUCAACACUAUUAGCACCAGUUAUUUUAUUUUCUCCUGAUCGUUCAAAUAUAAAAGAUCUCGAUUUAGUUAAACGUUUACAAAUUAAAUAUGUUACUCUUAUUGGAAAAUAUAUGAAUUGGCGUUAUGGUGUUGAACAUACGGAACAUAUUUUUCCCAAACUUUUACUUCAAAUUGUUAAUAUACGUACAUUAGGUGUAGCACAUGCAGAAGUUAUACAAAAACUUAUGUCAAUAUCAAGUGUUAAUCCACUUGUUCAAGAAGUUACUACUAAACAAGAUGUUUCAAAUACAGCAACAACAGAUAAAAUGAAUUCAGUGUCAUUACCAUCAACUCCAAGUAAUAGUGAAAUGAUGGAUUAUGAUAGAGCUCCAUCAAGAGAUACUGAAAGCAAUAUUGGUUCAGAUGAAGAUGAUUCUAUACGAAUGAAAUCUCGUACAUCACUUGAUGAUGAUGAUCGAGAUUAUGAAAAUGACGAUUCUGUUGAAACAAACCCAAGAAAUAUUUGGAGAAAAAGACAAAAAUUAUCACCAAUAAUACAAAUCGAACCUACAAAAAUGGAACCAGAUACUUUGCCUAAGCCACUUCAUCAACAUAUAAAACAGGAAUUAAUACGUUCAAAUUCUGUUGAAUUCGAAACCUAUUCCAAUUCUAAUCCUAUACAUAAACGACCACAUGAUCAUCAAGUACCAAGUUUUAUUCCAACAACAUAUCAAGACGAUAUAAAUAUAUUAAACAGAGCAUCUCCUAAUCGACAUUUACCACCAAAAAAACAAUCAUUAUUAACAAAACAGAAGCCCCUACAUGAACAAAUCUAUCGUCCACAUUCAUCAUCGACAAGUGAUCUUACUUCUUUUGAUCAACAUCAUCCCCAUCAUCAUCAUGCACGAUUAAAUCAAUUGCCAAAUUCACCAUUAACAAAACAACAUUAUCCGAAUAAUUCAUAUGAAGAUUAUCAACAACAAUACUCAAGAUUAGCAACAGCUAACUUUCAACAAAAACAAAACGAACAACAUUUACUUCUUCUUUCAUUAGCUAAUAAUCAGAAUCAAACAUCCUCAAAUACACAACAAUCUCAUUCAAAUACACAACUUGAUGCUGAAGAACAACAAUUAUUAAAUGCUAUUCAUGCACAUCCAAAUAAACGUGAUCUUGUACUGAAUCUUCUUCGACAAAUGAAUGAAUCACCAUCAGCACCAACGAUGAAUUUUCCAGAAAAUUCUAAUUAUCCUAUUCAUCAACAGCAACUACAACAACAACAACAACAACAACAUCGUUUUGAUACCUCAGCUAAUUAUGAUCCAUAUCGACAAAAUUCAAAUAUGGAUAACAAUAAUGAUUUCUAUUAA